AUGCCUAUACCAACUUGCGAUGACGCUAAGAGUGAACAAUUAAAAGAACAACCAGAUGAUAACAAAACAACUGAAGAAGUACCGAAGACUCAAGUUGAAAGUGAGAGCGAAUCACUUGAUGAACCUGUAUCUGGAAUAGAAACGACACCAGUACAAGUUCCCAAAGCAGAAGAAACUACCACAACAAGACCUGAUACUCCUAAAGAAAAUGCAGAAGGAGUCACUCCAGAAUCGUUAGGAAAUAAUAAUGUUGUGUCCUAUAAUGAUAUAAUUAAAUGUCUCCAAGCCAAAAUACGUGGAACACAAGUAGAAAAUCAAAGACAGACCUUACCUUCUCCCUUAACAUAUAUACUCUUGCCAUCAUUGGCUACUAAACCGUGC